UCUUAACUCUAAAAAAUAAGGUGAUUCUUGGCCUGCUCUUGGCCUCCACUAUCUCAAGGUUGUCUAUUAGUGGAAACUACACUAAAAUACAUCCCUGUCAACCAUUGAUAGCUGACAUCAUUACCUCUUCAUUUGCAGCUCCAAGCGAGAAAUCCCACACUACACCUCUGGCGUUGGUGGUCUUCCUCUCCUCCUCAGCCUUCUUCUCUUCUCACCCGUCUUAAAAACGCUCGUUCGCCCAUUGAAGGUAUUCGCGAUGUCGAGCAAUCGUUUUGCCGACCUGGCAAGCACUAGCAAAGCGACUCCUCCUGCUUCGAUCUCCAAUCAACUCCAGGCUCCUGAGUCGUCAAAUAACUCCAACGCAUCCAAGGCUAGGAAGAGGAAGGGCCAUCGCGGCGGCAGGAAGAAGCGAACGCGCAGAAAGAGUUUUGCGGCAUUGGAUGAUGAUGAUCACGACGAGGAUCGCGAAGCAACGGGAGAAGGGUUCUUCAAUCUUCCGAGAGCCAACUUGAGCAAUACCAGUAUAGAUAGUGAAGCAUUGUUGGAUCAUCGGGACCAUCAACCAUUGCGUCCCCGCCGAGCAUCAACGACGCCAGCUGCCAGCGGCAUACCAGUCUCACCUUACUCAGGUUCAGCCAGCAACCGUCUACGAUCCAUACCAGCUGUCUCUGCCGAGGAAGAGCAUCCUGACCACACACCGUGGGACGAAAACGCACCAUUGCUCGGCGAAUCAGUGACUUCCGGUUACGGCGCAAGUGACGCAAGAUCAAACCAGACGAGAAGUCGUCGCGCGUCUAUCAAGUCUUCAACGACGCGCCUAGGAACUUCGUCUGGCGCAAGAGAUAACUACGAUGUCAACGCCCCUCCAUCCAUGCCAGGCUCGCCUACUUUUGGUACCGCGGACCGUAUAGAACUAAGCUUGGGGGAUGUUAUGAUUCGGGAUGGGCUUGGCGCAAGUCGCGACGACUCUCCGCAUCGCAUGAUGGGUGACAUCGACAUCCUCUCCGACAUGGAGGGCAUGGGUGACAAUCGCCCUGAUAUGGGCCGGCGAAUGACAACCGGAGCUGAGCAGGACGUUUGCUUUCCUGCUCCUGGUAUGUCAGAGCUCGGAGAUGACGAUACACAAUCGCAGGCUCAUGAGCACCGACAGUAUCGCACGCGCCGCCGCCGUGGUCAAUGGCCUGACUUAUCUGUACUGGAGGAGUGGAGUCACAUGGAAAAGGAGGACCGAACGGAGGAGCGCCGUGUAAAGAGAAUCACAGAACCGCAGCUCAUCAAUGGCCGCUUGCGCCCUGUGCGUAAGGGAUGGUACCAGACGGACGAGGAGUCCCCAUAUCGUUUCACAUAUUUCAACGAGGAGUUCCAGAGCACAAUUCACAGUCAGACUAUCUCUGAGCUGGUUCAGCCUGGUGGUGGCUUCCGGGAACUUUUUGUUCCAGAUCCUCGGGUGCUAUCCGACGACGAAUCAGAUGAAGACGACAUGGAACCUACAGCUCUUCCAACGGGCUUGCGCAAUCACAGCACCGCUACAGAGGGUAACUCCAAAGUUCACACGCGCCAGCCAUCACUAUCGACAGUUCAUGAUCACCACGACUUGCGCGAAGGGACUACGUCGCCGCUCAAGGACCCUCUCGCACAUGUUGCUUCAAGAAGCGAAUCUGGACGUGCUACACCUACUGGACGGAAGUCUGCCGAUGAAAGUGUUCACGUUUCUCAGAACACUGCAGGCGAACCAAAGGAAAGGACUGUCAGGUACGGAGAAAGACCAGUCUGGUGGCUUGAUGUCCUCUGCCCCACAGAGCCUGAGAUGAAGGUCAUAUCUAAAGCUUUUGGCAUUCACCCACUUACCGCAGAGGAUAUUAUGCUUCAGGAGGCUCGCGAGAAGGUCGAGCUCUUCCGACAUUAUUACUUUGUUAACUAUCGGUCGUUCGACCAAGACAACAACAGCGAUAACUUUCUCGAGCCAGUUGAUAUGUAUGUCGUGGUAUUUCGUGAAGGCGUUCUCAGCUUUCACUUCUCCAAGACACCUCAUCCCGCCAAUGUCCGACGCCGAAUCCGGCAACUGAAAGAUUACCUCAUUCUUUCUUCAGAUUGGAUCUCAUACGCUAUUAUCGACGACAUUACCGAUGUGUUUGCUCCCUUGAUACAGAAUAUUGAGGACGAGGUUGACGAGAUCGACGACGCCAUCCUAAAGCUGCAUUCGUCUGCUGAUAAGCGACUUAACGAGACCUCCUCUAAGAAUGAUGAUGCACUUACAAACUCAGAUCCAGGCACAGAUAUGCUUCGGCGAGUGGGAGAUUGCAGAAAGCGAGUUAUGAGUCUAUACAGGCUGCUAGGCAACAAGGCAGAUGUAAUCAAGGGAUUUGCUAAGCGUUGCAAUGAGCGGUGGGAAGUUGCGCCACGGUCUGAGAUUGGCUUGUAUCUCGGUGACAUUCAAGACCAUAUCGUCACAAUGACAGCUAACCUGGGCCACUAUGAAAAGAUACUGGCUCGAUCUCACGGUAACUACCUCGCACAGAUCAACAUACGGAUGAAUGAGCGUCAAGAACAGACGGCAGAUGUUCUCGGCAAGCUUACUGUUCUCGGUACGAUUGUGCUCCCCAUGAACAUCAUCACGGGUCUUUGGGGUAUGAACGUAUGGGUGCCAGGCCAGGAAUACGAAGGAGACCUUACGUGGUUCUUCUGGAUUACCGCUGGUCUGUUGUUCUUUGGCCUGGCAUGCUAUAUGAUCGCCAAGAGAGUGUAUAACAUUGUUUAAAACAACACAAACUUCUUACUGCAUACGAAUAUUUAUAAGGGGUAGACAUUAGUGCCUUUUUUUGCACAAUCUGAUCCGCGGCACAUGGCAAGGCACACAGCCAACUUGACCCUGCUGCUUCGUUCUCUUUGUCAUCUUGGUGUUUGGAGAGUUGUUUUGGAAAAUGGAUGUCUAUUUGCGACUCGCUUUUCUGCGAACACGUAUACCUCUGGGCUGUUAGAAAGGGUGGGACUGCUAGGAAGGUUGUUCUACGGGCGUUGUUUAUGGCUAGAGAUUCGUACACAAAAUUGUCAUAAACCACUAUUACCAUACUUAUUUCUUCCCUAG